AUGCUCCGGCACGUGGCGCGCAGGGCGCACACGGCGCCCACGCGAGAUGCUCCAGUCUCUGAGUGGUCGGACGUGGUGGCGGCAGCACUGGGGACGACCUGGGCGUGUCGCUUCGCAGAUAUGCUGAGGCUGCCCUUUCUGCGUGCCCUGCGUGCCACUUGUGCCCGCUACGGUGCCCACCUGGACCGACGCCAGCCCUUCUUGGGCUACAGCCGCCUCCCCCCAACCGACGGACGAGCCGGCGUGUCCGUCGCGACGGACACGCCGUGCGUGGCCGAACGGUGGUCGGAGCGAAUGGUGCUCUUCAAACCGAGUGGCUGGGAAGUCUUCGGGGAGAACUUCCCAAAUCAACUCUUGACCUAUGUCCGGCGCUUUGCAGAUGGUCCCCUGGCGCGGGAUCCUCAGCAUCGUUUCGGAUUCCUCCACCGCUUGGACGUGCCGACCAGCGGUCUGAUCCUCUGCGCCAGCAGCUACCAGGCAUUCUUCGACCUACAGCUGCAGUUGCAUGCAGGUGAAAUCGAGCGGGACUAUUUGCUGCUUUGCCAUGGGCUUUGCCAGCGCCAUCACUUCGAUGCAAGCCUUGCAUGGCGAGGGAAUGAGCCAACUCGAGCUGCUGGGCAGGGGAAGCCCUCCAAAUCCUGGGUCAAACCCAUGGCCCAAGGCUUCUUGAAACAGGAGGCCAUGACCAUGGCAGCAGCACGCAUCGGUACAGGCCGGCGGCAUCAACUUCGGAGUCACUUCUCCUUUAGCGGGUACCCAGUGGUCUCAGAUCAGUUCUACACUUCGGAGGAGGUCUUCCAAAGGGACUGCACCUUUUCGGCGAAGACCUUCCUGCAUCGCGUGCGCUUGAGCUUCUUCGCCGGAACGCCUUCCGAAGGCCGCCGGGAGGUGCUUUUGGCGCCUCCAGACUUGGCCUUGCUCCAGCAGCUGAACGGCAAAGACGAGGUCUCACAGAGGCUUUUGAAGGACUUCGCCUUUGACAGUGACAAUGCUGUCCAGAGAGCUGAUCUGAAGAGCUGGAGAGUGGGACAAAGGGAGGAACAUGAGCGAAGAGGAAAAGGUGUGAUCAAGACACAGCUCAAGGCGGAACUGAGCCAUGUGUCCGUCGAACCGGGCGCGCUGAAGCGUGGCGGCGUGACGAGACGAGACAACCCCGAGAAAGCCAAAGGUAGCCACUUUGACCAUGCCAGCGUCGAGAAGGCGAGUGAAACCUGCGGCUGUGACAUCGGCAAAGCGGAGAUGGCAGACGGCUUGAAUGAGUCGUUGAACUAUGACAAGGUGGGUGAGCUUCUCUUGAGCUCUGGACCCAUUGGAGAGGUCAUGAAGAUCUUCAAGACCUUAGAGGAGAACGCUUCCGAGGACUUCCGGAACGAGCCCUUAGACAAGCAGUUGCGCGUCCGGGUCGUCCGGGCGAACGAGUCGAACGGGAAGCGAGCUCGCGUCGGCCGUUACGGGCAAGUCCAAGCCGGCGACCUUUGGGAAGUUCAUGGCUGGUGGCUGCGGGAGCUCUUCAUUAUCACGGGGCUGCUCUCUGCACUGGCAGCUGUGAUCUACUGUAGCUUUGCCGGACCGGACGAGGUCCCUGAAGCCAAGGUGGACGACGAUGAGGCGGUGGCGAACAAAGCCCGGACGGCCGCAGAGCUCUAUGACCAGAUGCGUGCAGAGAUGGCCUCUGAAGAGACUCUCAGGAAGCGGCGGUGA